GUUCUAGAUAUUUUACAACGGAUACAAUGGAGAGCACUGAUUCUUCCGGUGGUCCUCCACCGCCACAACCUAACCUUCCUCCAGGCUUCCGGUUUCACCCAACCGAUGAAGAGCUUGUAGUUCACUAUCUCAAACGCAAAGCCGCCUCUGCUCCUUUACCUGUAGCCAUCAUCGCCGAAGUUGAUCUCUAUAAAUUCGAUCCAUGGGAACUUCCCGCUAAAGCGUCGUUUGGAGAACAAGAAUGGUACUUCUUCAGUCCUCGAGAUCGGAAGUAUCCAAACGGAGCAAGACCAAACAGAGCGGCGACUUCAGGAUAUUGGAAAGCGACCGGUACAGAUAAACCGGUACUUGCUUCCGACGGUAACCAAAAGGUGGGCGUGAAGAAGGCACUGGUCUUCUACAGUGGUAAACCACCAAAAGGCGUGAAAAGUGAUUGGAUCAUGCAUGAGUAUCGUCUCAUCGAAAACAAACCAAACAAUCGACCUCCUGGUUGUGAUUUCGGCAACAAGAAAAACUCACUCAGACUUGAUGAUUGGGUGUUAUGUAGAAUCUACAAGAAGAACAACGCAAGUCGACAUGUUGAUAACGAUAAGGAUCAUGAUAUGAUCGAUUACAUUUUCAGGAAGAUUCCUCCGUCGUUAUCAAUGGCAGCUGCUGCUACAGGACUUCACCAUCAUCACCAUAAUGUCUCUAGAUCAAUGAAUUUCUUCCCUGGGAAAUUCUCCGGUGGUGGUUACGGGAUUUUCUCUGACGGAGGUAACACGAGUUUAUACGACGGCGGUGGCAUGAUCAACAACAUCGGUACCGACUCAGUGGAUCACGACAAUAACGGUGACGUAGUUGGUUUGAAUCCUGCUUCGUCGUCAGGUCCGAUGAUGAUGGCGAGUCUAAAACGAGCUCUUCCGGUGCCGUAUUGGCCGGUGGCAGAGGAGGAGCAAGAUGCAUCUCCGAGCAAGCGGUUUCACGGCGGUGGAGGAGGAGGAGAUUGUUCAAACAUGUCUUCUUCGAUGAUGGAAGAGACUCCACCAUUGAUGCAACAACAAGGUGGUGUGUUAGGAGAUGGAUUGUUCAGAACGACGUCGUACCAAUUACCCGGUUUAAAUUGGUACUCUUCUUAAUCAAAUAUGUUUUUCGCUGCCGGUGUGAAGAAUUUUCCGGUGAGAGUGCAGAAUUUUUCCGAUUGGUGGGGACAUUUGCAUAAUAUAAAUUUGAGAUUUGU